GUAUUUACCUCAGGAGAGGCGGUUCGUUUGGAGGUAGUGCUUACGAAAUGCCACCAAAGAAAAAUGAACCUUCUAAGAAGAAUGUCGAAAAACAAAAGCAGAAGAUUGUUGAGGAUAAAACUUUUGGAAUGAAAAAUAAGAAAGGGGCUAAGCAACAAAAGUUCAUCCAACAAGUGCAAAAACAAGUUACUCAGGGUAACAAGUCGGCUAAAGAGUUGGAGCGCGAAAAGCAAUUAAAGGAAGAAAAGAAGAAAGAAAAGGCUGAACUCAAUGAUUUGUUCAAGCCGGUGCUAGAGCUACAGAAAUGUGCGAAAGGGGUUGAUCCAAAGUCGGUUCUGUGUGUCUUCUUCAAACAGGGUUUAUGUGCGAAAGGUGAUAAGUGCAAAUUUUCCCACGAUUUGACUGUCGAACGAAAGGCAGAAAAGCGUGGAAUUUACUCUGAGUCUGAUAAGACUGAUAGUACCAUGGAUGAUUGGGACAUAAAUAAAUUAGAAGAAGUGGUUAGUCGAAAACAUGAUGCCGAUAAUAAAGGAUUACCACCCAGUACUAUUAUAUGUAAGUACUUUAUUGAAGCAGUUGAAAAUUCCAAGUAUGGUUGGUUUUGGGAAUGUCCGAAUGGGAAGACAUGUCAUUACAGACAUGCCUUACCACCAGGUUUCAUCUUACAACGAGAUAAGAAGAAAAUGGAAGAACAAAAAGAGAUAAUAUCCAUCGAGGACUUAGUUGAACGAGAGAGGCAAGCUCUUGGACUUAGUCAAACCAAAGUCACGUUGCAUACAUUUUUGGAGUGGAAGAAACGAAGGAGACUUCAAAAGAUUGAGAAGCGAUUUGCUGACAAAGCAAUGCGAGAAGCUAGUUAUAAACAAGGACGUUCUGCAGGUAUAAGUGGUCGGGAGAUUUUCGAGUUCGAUCCAGCAUUGGUUAUGGAGGCGGUGGUUGAUGAUGAUGAUGAGACAUCUGGAAUAGUUGAUUCUAAAAUUCGUGAUGAUGGAGAAAACGAAUAUGAUGGUCCUGUUAGGGAUAUUGAUUUAAAUAUGUUUGCUAUCGAAGAGUUUGAAUGUCAGUAUGACGAUGGUGAAACUGAAUUAACAGAGACCAGUGCUAUACCUGGAGUUAGCGAAAAUCAUGAAAAUGAAUAUAAUAAUGAUGAUGUAGUGAUAGAUGAAGAAUUGUUCGAUGAAACAGAUCUGGCUGAUAUUGAAGCCGAAAUAAACGGAUUGGAAUUGGAAGUGUAGUUUUAUCUAACUCUCUCUAUAUGUAGUCAGUUUUAUGACAGUGUUGUCGUUGUUGUUGUUGUCGUUGUUGAUGAUGAUGAUGAUGAUGAUGAUAAACGGUUACAAAUGAAAUCGAUCAGAAUUGUCUUCACAACAAAUUGUUUUUCUUAUUUCAAUUAUUGUACAAAGAUGCUUCUUUACACACACUACAUUUUGUCUAUCUAAUUUUAUAUUAUAUAUGAAAGUGGAUGAAAGCGUUUUCAAAUAAUAAUCUCCUGUGUAUACAUUCAUGAAUAUUGUGUGUGGUUAUAUUUCUCAACACCUAAGCAUUGUUCUUCUUGUAUUGUUGUUGUUGUGAGAAAUCUUGGUGUAUGGACACUUGAAAAUAUUGGAUUUAUUUAUAAAGAGAAUAUGAAAUCACAUUUCUUUAUUAUGUUUAUUAUCUGCGCUUAUUGAAUAUAUAAAAUUUUCAACUACUUUUGAUAAAAUGUGGCGAAUAGUG